GGAAUUCGCGGGGUCGGCUACUCAGCGACAAACAGCGGUUGUAGGGGAGAAAUCCACUACAAUACCAUGUUACAAUGUGUAAAAUAAGCUGAACCAAUCAGCGUGUUCGGAAAUCCAGUCAGCCUUGUAGGGGAGUCGUCUGGCAGCCACGCUCAGUCACCACACCACCACUCAUCCUGUGGACAACUUCACUAGUGAGGGGAGACUCCAGACACGGGUUGGCUCUCAGCAACUUAACCACACUAUGGCUUGGCUGAGGGAUGAUUUCCUGUUGUGGGUGCCCAGAGUGUUUACCUACGUUGCUUUCUCUGCCAUUGUGGCCAUCACACUAGUAUGGCUUUUUAAGAGGCAACAAAAGAUUUGGCUUAUAGAACAGAUCCCAGGACCCAAGGGUCUGCCAAUUCUUGGGAAUGCAUUAGAUGUAAACGUGGAGCCUCGAGAGUUGUUCCAGCGGGUGUGUGGGCUAACUCACAUAUGGGGUUGGCAGCUGCAGUUCGUCCGGGCCUGGCUGGGGAUGCGUCCCUUCCUUUUAUUCUACCAUGCACCCAGUGUUGAGGUAAUCCUAAGCAGUCAGAAACACCUGGACAAGAGCCUGGACUACACUUUCCUCCACCCUUGGCUUGGCACUGGGCUUCUCACCUCCACAGGAAGUAAAUGGCAUUCCCGCAGGAAGCUUCUGACUCCUGCCUUCCACUUCAAGAUCCUGGAUGACUUUGUUGAGGUGUUCAACAACCAGAGCAACAAGAUGAUUCACAAGUUACUGAAAAAGGCAGAUGGGAAGCCUUUUGACAUCUUCCCCUUCAUUACUCUCUGUACCCUUGAUGUUAUAUGUGAAACAGCAAUGGGGAACAACAUAAAUAUCCAAGACAAUAGUGAGUCAGACUAUGUUCAAGCUGUAUACAGGAUUGGUGCACUUGUUCAGUACCGUCAAGCACGACCUUGGUUGCAUCCCAACAUUCUCUUCAAGCUCCUUGGGUAUGCAAAGGAGCAGGAUGCAUGUCUUAAACUCCUCCAUGACUUCUCAUACAAGACUAUUAGAAGCAGACGCAAAGAAUACCAGCAAAUGAAGAAGAACACAACGUUUAAUGAAGAUGAAAUAAUUGGAAAAAAGAAACGUUUGGCAUUCUUGGACCUGUUAUUGGAGUAUUCUGAGCAACAUACUGCAUUGUCGGACGUGGACAUCCGUGAGGAGGUUGACACCUUCAUGUUUGAAGGCCACGACACUACAGCAGCUGCCAUCAACUGGUCGCUUUACUUGAUUGGCUGUUAUCCAGGGAUCCAGGCUCGUGUGCAUGAGGAACUUGAUUCCAUCUUUGGUGACUCUGACCGCCCGGUGACCAUGGCUGAUCUUCGUGAGAUGAAGCUGACAGAGAACUGCAUCAAAGAGGCUCUUAGACUUUUUCCAUCUGUGCCUUUUCUGGCCAGGGAGUUGAAGGAGGAGGCCGUCAUUGACAAUUACCGUAUUCCUGUGGGCACAACUGUUAUGAUUGUGACUUACCAACUGCACCGUGACCCAGAACAGUUCCCCAACCCAGAAGUAUUUGACCCAGAUCGCUUUUUACCAGAGAACGUCAGCAAGCGUCAUCCAUAUGCCUAUGUUCCCUUUAGUGCUGGGCCCAGAAACUGUAUUGGCCAGAAGUUUGCAAUUAUGGAGGAAAAAAUUCUGCUGAGCAGCAUUCUUCGUAAGUUCCGUGCAGAGAGCGUCACCCGUAGAGAGGACCUCAGGUUACUCGGAGAACUCAUUCUCCGACCAGAAAAUGGAAACACUGUUAAACUUUUCCCUCGAGAAUAAGUCAUAUGUACAAUGAAUUCAUGUAACUUGGGGAGAAUAUGGGUGAAAUGUAGAGGAAAUGGAAAUCAGGGAUAACAAUAAGCAUGAAUAGUUUUCACACAACUCUUUUGUAGAUUAAACCUGACCUAAAAGCAUGUCUCAAAUGUGGAUACUGUACAUGUCAAACGGUGGUUUGGAGAGGAAGUGGAUACCAGCACUUUCACAGUGUUUAAAUGUCUGCUUUAAAAUAAUAUUGUAUAAGAGUACAAUACAGCAAAAAGAAAUAUUACAGAAUAUAUAUAUAUAUAUAUAUAUAUAUAUAUAUAUAUAUAUAUAUAUAUAUAUAUAUAUAUAUAUAUAUAUAUAUAUAUAUAUAUAUAUAUAUAUAUAUAUAUAUAUAUAUAUAUAUAAAGUAUUGUAAAUGGAGAAAUAUUGAAAUGUUUGUUAUAUUUUGGAAUUAAAGCUCAACUUUUACUCAUAGUUUAGGUAUAAUUUGUCAUUGUUAUAAAUUUUUAGUCCUUGUAUGAAUGUGUUUUACUGUAUGGUACUGUAUAUGGUCCCAAAAAGGGUGUGAGCAGCAAAACUGUUGCAGCUGUUGUCUUAAGUGUUCAUUAUAAACUGACAUAACAGAAGGGGCAUAGAUUGUGGAGGGGAUUCUUCCCCCUCUACAAUUGAGUUGGAAUAUUUCUUAUAUAAUUAUCUCCCCCCCCCCUACAAGUAAUGUAAUUCUUAAUAAAACCAUUGCAAUUUCAAUUUCCCAAACUUAGUUCAAAUUUCCCACUUACUGGAGCUUGUGUCUCAAGCUGAAAUCGAGGGGAGUGCUCCGAGAUUCUCAAUUUUCAUUAGCUGGCUGAUUCCAUCAUCUUGAGGGGACAUCCAGUGAGACUCCAGGGAUUUAAAAUAAACAAAAAAGAGUUAGUUUUGUGUGCAAGUUGCCCAGAAGAGAAUGCCAUUUGUAAGUUUGAGUUUUUUAUAAUAGUUUUUAAUAGUUUUAAGUACAAAAGUAAUUGGUAAUUGUCAAGCUUUUAUUAAAAAAUACCAACAAGGUCUUACCAGGCCUGACUUCCCAUCCUCUGAGAUGUGAUAGCUCAUGACAUUGGAGUCUACCUGUAAGUGCUUCUGGUCAUACCUAAUAUGGCAGUCCCAGCAAGUCAGUUCUGCAAAAAACAUUAUGCUUUCUAAAAUUAUAUAAAAAAUAUACAGAAAUUUGUUAUGGCUCUGUUCAGAGGUGCAUUUCAAGUUUCAGAAGUCAUCCCCCCCUUCAAUCACAACAAAUCUAUGCCAAUGAAUGCCAGAAUAUUU